UCUUUUUGAACUUUGACUGGUUGGUCAGGAUUGAUCAUAAACCCAGAUGCUAAUGACGCUGCUUCUCAUUUCACUGAACAAAGGUGUGUUGGCAACACUUCCUUGCUGUGUCAGGAGUCUCCAGGACAAGACCCAUGAAGUAAAAUGGUCGAGGAGGAAGCUAAGAGCUUACCUAUGGAGCUGAGCGAGAAGGGAGGUGUGGAGAACAACGGAUUUGUUCAUAAUGAGGCUUUUGUUGACAAGGAGAUGGAUACCAGUAGCCAAGAAGAAAUGCCAAAACCACACGUUGUUGAUGUGGACCCAGCGGCUAUGGAGGAGCCGCUGUUGAAGCCCUAUGCGGGGAUGCCGAAAGAAGUCUUGCUGAAGUUCUCCAGCCAAGCCCGGUACAGAGUCACCAGGGAGAUUCUCUUCUGGCUUAUAAUUGCCGCUGCUGUUGUGCUUGUGUGCACUACAAUAGCGAUUAUUGCUCUCUCUCCAAAGUGCCUUGACUGGUGGCAGGCUAGUCCUAUGUAUCAGAUCUAUCCUCGUUCCUUCAAGGACAGCAACAUGGAUGGGAAUGGGGAUCUGAAAGGUAUCCAAGAGAAACUGGACCAUAUCACAUAUUUGAAUAUAAAAACCAUCUGGAUCACCUCUUUCUAUAAGUCCCCCUUGAAAGACCUUGGAUAUGGAGCUGAAGACUUCUAUGAUAUUGAUCCUAUGUUUGGAUCAAUGAGCGAUUUUGAGAAUCUGCUUGCAGCCAUACAUGACAGAGGGCUAAAGGUGAUAAUGGAUUUAAUACCAAACCACACAAGUGACAAACACCGAUGGUUUCAGCUGAGUCGCAAUCGGACUGGGAAGUACACGGACUACUACAUCUGGCAGGACUGCACACAGGCUGCUGGUUCGGUCACUCCUCCAAACAACUGGGUGAGUGUCUUUGGGAAUUCCAGCUGGCAGUUUGAUGAUGUGAGAAAGCAGUGUUAUUUUCAUCAGUUUGGGAAAGAACAACCAGACUUAAAUUUUCGCAACCUUGCUGUCCAACAAGAAAUCCAUGAUAUUAUCAAAUUUUGGCUUGGAAAAGGAAUCGAUGGAUUUAGUUUCAGCACUGUUAAAUUUCUUUUAGAAGCAACACAUCUCCGAGAUGAACCUCAAGUAAACAAGUCCCAGAAUCCAGAGAGUAUCACAGCUUAUUCUCAGCUCUACCAUGACUACACAACCAUGCAAGUUGGUAUGCAUGAUAUCAUCCGUAGCUUCCGUCAAACCAUGAAUCAGUUCAGCAGUGAACCUGGCCGAUACAGAUUUAUGGGUUCUGAUGGUGAUGAAAAGGAAGACAUUGAGGCAACAAUGAUGUAUUAUGGAGCAACUUUUAUCCAAGAAGCAGAUUUUCCCUUCAAUUUCAACCUAAUUAACAUGAAAAAUCUAUCAGGCAACAGUAUUUUUGAAGCUGUCAACUUGUGGAUGAAAAACAUGCCUGCAGGAAAAUGGCCAAACUGGGCGGUUGGAAGCCCUAACGCUGCUCGGAUUUCAUCUCAGAUUGGGAAGGAAUACAUCAAUGUUAUGAACAUGCUGCUUUUAACCCUCCCUGGUACUCCUGUAACUUACUAUGGUGAAGAAAUAGGCAUGGAGAACAUUGCAUCAGAAAAUGUGACCUUUCCAGAGAAAUCCCCCAUGCAGUGGAAUGGCAAAGUUAAUGCUGGUUUUACUGAAGGCAACAGUAGCUGGUUACCUGUUAACUCUGACUACCAAAGUGUAAAUGUUGAAAUCCAGAUGACCUGGUCCAACUCAACCCUGAAUUUGUACAGAGAGCUAACUUUACUUCGCAACAGUGAGCUCCCCAUUCAUCGGGGGUGGAUGUGCUACAUCUGGAAUGACAGUAAUGUUUUUGUGUAUGUGAGGGAAUUGGAUGGGUUAGACAGAGUCUUUAUGAUGGUUCUCAAUUUUGGGCAGGAAUCGACAAUAGACUUGAAAGCUAUAGUUCCUAACCUUCCAUCUGAAGCUAUUAUAAGACUAAGUACUAAUUUUAGCAAUGCUGGUAAAGCUGUCAAUACCGAACUAAUUAAAACUGAAAAGGGAGAAGGCCUAGUCCUCGAAUAUAAAACAGCAAAGCCUGUUCAUACUAUGGAAGCUUUUCAAGGAAAAUGUUUUGUGGCAGAAAAAGCUUGUUAUUCCAGUGCUUUCAAUUUACUCUACGUGAAUUGUUAAGUGCAGGAGUAGAGUAACCAAUUUUCAUGUUAAUUUAGAAAAUGUUGGCUUCAGGGAAACGCUAAAAAUUUUCAGUUUUCUUUGGCUUUUAAAACUUUGUGUACAAAAUAAAAGUCCUGAAAAAUAGAACAGAUACCCAAUAGUCUUUUAUCUGUACUGGUGAUGAAAAAGUAUGGUAUAAACUCCCCCUUAGGGUCUGUGGAGAAGAAAUGUAAACCUGUCCUGUUUAAGUGUGGGUAUUUUUGUGAAGAACGGCAACAGUUGCUUUCUGGGUCUGACCUUGCAGUUGCUGGUCAUUAAGAGCUCCAGUGGAAUCCAAAGCCUGUGGCAAUUCAUACUAACUUUUUGGAAGUCUGUAGAUUUGUAAAACUUAUUCUAAAGGGGUGGCCCUAUAUUUGUUAAAAUAGGUAAAAGCAAGCAAGAUUAAUAUAUAAAGUUGUGAUGGCUUACCUCUUCUCUCAACUCUUCACAGCUCUGAUUAUCCUCAAAGAUAGUAAGAAAAAGAACAAAAUAUAGCUAGUAUGUCUAAUUCCACACUCAAGACUGCACUGCCAAUUGACUCCCCCCCCCCUCCCCUGCUGCUGAGUCAGAAUACAUUUGCAUUUGCAUUCUCUUCUUUUUCUACCCUAAGGUUGAGGUGAGGUGUGCAUAGGUUAGUUCAGAGUAAGCAAGUGAAACAACUCCACUGAAUGUCACACUUGCUCAUGUUUUGUUUUGUAUUUGGUGCACCUACAGUGGUUUAUGUGACACAAAGGAAGGAUAAGCAUUUGGCUUGGUACAGUCUGUUUUGGACACGGGGGUGAUCUGGGGAACUCUGUUUUGGUUUGAGGACCUUAUAGCCACAUAGUGUAUUUUCCACCAACUGCUUGUACCAGUUGCUGUUUCUAGGUGUGCACCACGCAUCUAUCUUGACAAGAAAUGUGUAACAGUUUUGUGCCUUGCUCAGAGGUCAGCUAAGCUAUGCAUCAGGCUGCUUUAGUGGGGAUGUUGUUUUUGUUUUAUCCUCUGGAGAGACUUGUGGCAUCUCCUCCUGGGGCAUUUGUCUUGUCUUCUGGAGGGACUUUGGCACCUCCUUUUUAAGAUUACCAUGCUAGUUAAGGUAACUGCAAGAUUUUGAAUCUACUCAGAUGCAAGAGCUCUGCUAAAAUUCCUGUUCUUGAGAGUCCAAUUCCUUUGCAGCUUGUUUGAUCCCACCAUAGGAUCAGUACACUAUGGCUGCUGUGUAGCUAGGAAGGGCAGUAGUCAUCAUCACCUAUGUAUGGGAAUUAGUUUUAGAAGACCCUAGUGAGACCUUUAAAUCAAAUACUUCUUGGGAGUUUUACUGCCUUGUGUAAAACGUGGUCUUGGAAGAGAGGUCUUAGACUGGAAAGGCUGCCUGUACAAAGUGCAUGUACUUCACAUGUUAGGCUUUACGCACCAACUGUUGUGCUUCCGCUCCACUUGUAUAGUGCUGCACUGAUGGCUUGUGUGAACAGAACUGUACUGAACAACUUGAUUAAUGCAGGUGGCUACUACUGUACUAUCUGGCAGGGGAGAAAUUCAGCUCUUAGUUUGUAUGUUUAU